GAGCGCUGGAUCUCGCCCCUGGCCGUGCGCUUCUCUCAGGGCAAGAUCCACCCGUUCUUCCACGAGCGGGGGCCGAUCUCUGAGGUCAUGCUUCAGAUCAAGCUGAAGAAUGAGGAGGGAAAGAGAUGUAAGCGUAUCGAGCCGCCCUUCCCUCCCGUCCGGCUCCUGCACCUCAAAGAGCAGGGCGUCCUCGUUACCUUGGACAACCGACGGCUUUAUGCACUCCAGCGUUUCGCGCUGCAG